GUCAGUGCUUUACUUAUUACGGAAUACUAUCACAGUUUGAGUUUUUUCGAUGACGAUUGAUUAUUCACGGCCUUGAAUUAGAAUAAUUCUGAUGUUGUUAGGAUUCUACGAAUCGCACCAUUGAUGACAAGAUCCUACGGGCAUCUUGUAAGAUCAUCUCCAUUUCAUUGUUUUCAGUUGUGUCUGAGAAGAGAAGACUAGAAGUGAUCAUAUUCGUAAUUCGUGGAUCAUCAUUCAUCAGUUCGCAUUGACUGCCAUUUAGCUGCAUCUUCGGAUAACCUCCACAAUCACACUGAGAUACUUUUAAUCCGACUGCUGACUGCAAAAUUGACGGGAUGGGACCGUCCAGAGCAGGACGGCUCAGCGUCUUAUGAUUUGAAUUUUAUUUGCGUAUAUCAAAACCUUUGACGUGCUGGUGUUGGCUGUUGAGGAUUUGAUUACGAACAUGGCUCGCAGCCGUUCACGCGAACGACGCCGUUCCCCGGACGCCAAACGCGCCAAGGCAGCUGUCAGCAAAGAGUCCUCGCAGUCCACCAACAAGGCACCCGAACGACGGGACAAGGAUUCCAAACGGCGACGGAAUUCCUCGUCGAGCAGUGAUUCGGACGCGGCCAGUCUGCUGCGUCGCCGUCGUCAGCGCUCCUCGUCGGCCUCCUCCUCCGACGACAGCAGCAAACAGCGCCGCCGCAAUAUCAGCAGUAACUCCACCAGCCGUGGCUCCACAUACUUUGAACGCCGACGGGAGGAUCGGCGUCGCGAGGACGACGGACGGACGACGGAGAGCAGGGACUUCCAGAAACUGAUGGAUAUGGAGAAGCAGCGCUGGUCACGCCAGAAAGAUCUGGAAGCCAAAAUCCUGGAAGAGACGGCAGCGAAGCGCACGGAAGGCAUAAUUAAGGAUCGCAUCAACGAGGUGCUGAUCGCCGAACGCGUUAAAUUCCAACAAGAACUAGCCGACGCCCUGGCGGCCGCCCGUCGCGACAUGAAGGAGGACCUGCGGCAGGAGGUGCGCGAAGAGUUCAAGUGGGAGAUGCAGCAGCUACAGCAGCGUGAGGAGAUUGAGCGGAAUAAGCGCUCAGAAUUGGAGAAGAUCAUUGAUGCGAAGACCAGAAGGCUCGAGGAAAGCGAACAACUAUUGGCGGAAGAGCGGUUAAAAUUGCUAAAAGAGCGGGCAGCCCUGGACGAAGAACGACGGUCGUUUAAGCGGGAAAUGGAGGAAUGGAAUAAGAAUGAGCAGCGCGUAAUCCUCAACAAAGGCAGCAACACCCGGCCCAAACUAUCUUUUUCUCUCAAACCAACGUGAUGUCUGUGUGUUAACUAAGCUUUUUGUCCUGUGUUUUAUUGGUUUAAUUUGUUGCACGUGCCAGGAUUCUCUCAGCCGAUGUUGUAAUUAUUGUUUGUUCUCGUUAAGAGCGCGUCAACAUUGGGCAUGGAUUAUUCGAUUUAUUUUCCAACAGUUUUGAUUUGUAAAAAUUUUGUUUUCAUUUUGUUGUGACACACAGUGUAUACAUUCAUUCGAUAUACAGUUAGCUGCUUUUACCUCGCACAAAAUGAUUGAAAAAGAAAACUAAAAAUAAAUU